AUGGAAGUGAGCCACUUCCUGAUGGCUACGGGAAUAUGCUUUCUGAUAGUGCAGUUCAUAAUGCUUCUUUGGACACGGAGGAAAUUCCCACCUGGACCCGUACCUUUGCCUCUCUUUGGAAGCCUCUGGAGAAUUGGCUGGAAGAUCCACCAGGAUACCUUCAUGAAGCUUACAGACACUUAUGGGGACAUCUUCACCUUUUGGAUAGGACACAAACCGGUGAUUGUGUUAACUGGAUUCAGAGCUAUGAAAAGUGGAUUAAUUGAACAGUCCGAAGCACUGUGUGGGCGACCAAUAUUUCCUUUUUUAAAAAUUCUGGAAAAUGGAAAGGGCAUUACGUUUUCCAAUGGAAAAAUUUGGAAGAAGCAGAGACAGUUUGGAAAUUCUACCCUCCAGAAAUUGGGACAAAUGAAAAAGGGGUUGGAACAUCAUAUACAAGAGGAGGCUUGUCAGCUUGUGAAGACUUUUGCCCAGUCCAAGGGUCAACCGUUGGAUCCUUUCCCACCCAUCAUGCAUUCAGCCUCCAAAAUAAUCCACACAGCAGUUUUUGGACAAGCCCUUCUCACAGAGGAUGACGCUUUCCAAAAGCUUGUUGAACAGAUAAAUAAUAUUACAAAAUGCAGAGGCACUUUUGGAGAGAUGAUAUAUAACAUCUUCCCUUCAUUUGUGAAAUACCUCCCUGGGCCUCACAAGAAGGCGGUUUCCUCCUGUGAAUUUAUGAUUUCUUAUAUCAAGCAGAAAAUGAGAAACUCUAAGACUUCUCAGGCAUCUCAUGAACCACAAAGCUUUGUUGACUUCUAUUUAGCUCACAUGGAUGAAGAGAAAGCGGACUCCACAUCGCCUUUUCAUGAAGACAAUUUGGUUCAAGUUAUCGUCGACUUGUUCCUCGGAGGCACAGACACAAUAGCUGUCACCCUUUCUUGGACUCUGUUUUUUAUGGGGGUUCACCCCAACAUUCAAGAGAAAGUACAGAAGGAGAUCGAAAAUGCACUGGAUCCCCACCAAGUAAUCUGUUUUGAAGAUCGGAAGAAGCUGCCUUAUUCCUAUGCCGUCAUUCACGAAACCCAGCGUCUCAGCAGUGUCGUAUUUUUCACUGUCUUUAGAUUGUGCACAAUAGAUACGACCUUACUUGAUGCUUAUAUUACAAAGGAUAGCCUGGUGUUCCCUGAUCUCUGCUCUGUUCUGCUUGAUCCCAAAUGCUGGGAGACACCGCAGAAGUUCAACCCUAGCCACUUUUUGGAUAAAGAUGACAAAUUUGUAUUCAGAGAAGAAUUCUUUACCUUUGGGGCAGGGUGCCGUGAAUGCAUGGGGAAGACUUUGGCUCAGAUGGAGCUCUUUGUUUUCUUUACCAACCUUAUGAAAACAUUUGCCUUCCAGCAUCCAGAAGGACUAAAAGAACUUAACAUGGAGCAUGUAUUAGGGGCUGGGCCGCAACUUGCCCCGUUGAAGAUCUGUGCAGUUUCUCGUUAA